AUCCCUCUCACACUCUCCAUGCUUUCUCUAUUUUUUUCAGCUUCUUAAUUUUCUCUACCCAAUACUCAAAUUCUUUAUUUGAUUACUCAUUCCAUUCAUUGCUUAACCCUAAAACCUUGUUUUCUCACUUGUGCUCAGAUUUGGUAUGUGUGUAUAUAUGCAUUAGGAUUUAGGCGAUUGAUUCAAGUUCUGUGCUUUUUAUUGUUUGGUGUGUUUAUGAUGUGGCCAAUGGUUUGUGGAAUGAACUUAACUGAGUUUUGAGAGAAAGUGGGUGGUGCAAGUAUUCAGCUCUGCCAUUGUGAAUCAAAUUUGAACUUUGUGGCUGUGCUUUUAGACGAUGGAAAAGGAUGGAAUCAAUGUUGCUAACUCGGGAUUCUACCUGGGAUCAAGAGGGGGUGAAAACUCGUAACAUAUGGAUCAUAACUCAGAUUAACACAGGUCGAUGGAGGGUACUGAGCCUGAUAUAAAAAGGCACACCCUGGAAGAUGCAGAAAAUGAUUGUCCAAUAUCACCUGAGGUGCUGAUCGAUAUGGAGCAGGAGAGUCAGACUCAGAACCCCAAUGAUUCCUCUCUCACAGACACUAACAAGGUCAUUGACACCGAGAAUGAAUGUACAGGUCCAAAUAUAUGUCCUGCCAACCAUAGUUGCAUUGAAAUUAAUGAUGAAUGCCGGACAUCAAAUACUUUCCUUGAUGACAAAUUUCACACUAAUGUCGGUAGUGCACAGUUGUGUGAAAAGCCCCAUGCUACCUCUGUUGAUAUAUCAAUGAAUGGUACUGAUGUAAAAAAUGAGGAGGAAAUAUUUGUGGCACCAACGAUUGGCAUGGAGUUUGAAUCAGAAGACAAUGCUUACAAAUGUUAUAGCAAGUAUGCUGUCCUGAAAGGUUUUAGCAUAAGAAAGGAUUUUGUCAACAAAAGUAGGAUAAAUGGUGCAGUGGUGUCCAGAAGAUACACCUGCUACAGACAGGGUUAUCGUCCUAACAAAAAUGGUACACACUUGAGGAAAUUGCAGCAGGAAACAAGAACUGGUUGUUUGGCACACAUGACUAUUGCUCGUCAGCCAAAUGGCAAGUUUCGAGUCACUCAUUUUGAAACUGAGCACAAUCAUGAGUUUGUAACACCCUGUACUGCACAUAUGUUACCAUCACAGAAAAGAUUGAGUUUUGCUCAAGCUGUUGCAGCAAACCUAAUAGAGUCCAGGUUGGAUGGGGUACCAAAACUGGGAAUGGGAUUUGACACAGAGGAGCAUGCAUAUGAAUUUUAUAAUACAUAUGCUGGACGUGUAGGUUUCAGUGUAAGAAAAGAUUAUGUAAAUAGGAGUAAAGUUGAUGGUGCUGUGGCAUCCAGGCGGUUUACCUGCUUCAGAGAAGGUUUUCGGCAAAAAGACAAGCGUGAUAUGAAUGUAAAGAGACCACGUAAGGAAACUAGAAUUGGAUGUUUAGCACAACUGGUAAUUUCUCGCCAACCGGAUGGUAGGUAUCAUGUUACUCACUUUGAAGCAAAGCAUAAUCAUGACCUAGUUGCUGCAUGUAGAGUGCAUAUGUUAAGAUCACAAAAGAGGUUAGCAUCAACUCAAGUCGAAAAGAACAUUGUAGAUGGAUCCAAUGUGCCGCCUACAUCAUCCUCUGAAUCCAAUUGCAAGACUAUUAUUGAAGGGGUUGCUGAUCUGGAUUAUGAUACCAUAGGUCAUGAAUAUAAACUGCCUUUCAAAUGUACAAGUAAAAUAAAAGAGGGAGAAAUUGAAAAGAUUAAGCAUCACUUCCAAAUCAAGCAAUCAAAGAAUCCUUCUUUCUUUUAUGCUUUCCAGCUUGAUGCUGAUGAUCAAAUAACUAAUAUAUUUUGGGCUGAUACAAAGAUGAUGGUAGACUAUAGUGAUUUUGGUGAUGUUGUUUGUUUUGAUAGUAGUUAUAAAUAUUAUAAGGACUCACGGCCAUUUGUUCCAUUCCUUGGUAUAAAUAAUCACCAGCAAAUGACUAUCUUUGGGGCUGCACUUCUUUAUAAUGAAUCUGUAGAAUCUUUGAAGUGGCUGUUUCGAGUUUUCAUGAAGACGAUGUCUGGAAGCAAGCCAAAGACAAUCCUUACAGGUCAAGAUGUAAUAACAGCUGAAGCAAUUAAUUCCAUGUUACCUCAAACAAAUCACCGAGUUUGUGUGUGGCAUGUCUAUCAAGAUGCCCUCAAGCAGCUGAGUCAUGUUUCUGUUGGAUCUGGUUCUUUUGUAAAUGAUUUGAGAAGCUGCUUUUUUGAUCAUGAGGAGGAGGAAGAUUUUGUUAAUGCGUGGAAUGCUAUCCUGGACAAGUAUGAUCUGUGGGAAAAUGAAUGGUUGCAACAAAUAUAUGAAAGCAGAGACCGAUGGGCCAUAGCAUAUGGAAGACAAAUUUUUUGUGCUGACAUAGUAAGCAUGCUACUGAGAGAAAAUCUUACUGGUAACCUGAAAAAGUACCUAAAGCUUGACUCGGACAUUCUUCCGCUUUUCAAGUAUCUUGGGAAGGUUGUUUCUGAUUGGCACUACAAGGAAUUAGAAGCCAAUUAUGAUAUGAACCAGCAUAUGCCACCCCUCAUGGGGGAUAUUAUUACGUUGAAGCAUGCAAGAGCUCCAUACACACCAAAGAUAUUUGAGUUAUUUCAGAAAGAAUAUGAAGCAUGUUUGAAUCUAGUGGUAAAUCAUUGCACUGAGAGUGGAUCAUUGUAUAAUUAUAAAGUUAGCAUAUAUGAACAGGUACGAGAGUAUACGGUUACUUUUGAUUCUUCUAAUGAGACAAUCAGUUGCAGCUGUAUGAAAUUUGAGUAUGUCGGAAUCUUAUGCUGCCAUGCAUUAAAAGUCCUUGACUAUCGGAACAUAAGGAUAGUCCCAUCCCAAUACGUCUUAAAGAGAUGGACAAAAGAUGCUAGAGUUUGACCUCUCUAUUUUUGGAGGCAAAUUGAACUAGUCAACUUAAGGCUUUUAGAUUAACCAGGGACAUCAUUUUGUAACCCUUACUGAUACAAGGUAGCAUUUCAUUUGCUGCAAAAAUUUUAAGUUAGAAAACAUGUAGCCUACGUAUUAAUAUUAUGUGAAAACUGUAUAUCAUCUUCCUGAAAGGUUAGUUGCAUUUGUAUGUUGCAGAUCACAAUUCAGAAAUAAAUGAUAACACAGUUUUGUUGACGAAUGUUACAAUAAAUUUGAUACACACAAAAAAUAAUACAACUUUUUUUAA